AUGGGUUGGCCGGUGGCGAGUGAGGGGCUCUACGGGUUUACAUGUGGGGUCUCGUUGGAGAUUGAAGAAGAGUGUGGGGUGGCUGCUGAUGUUGAGGGUGAGCGGCACGACAAAGAUCAGUGGUGGCUGGUCGCGCGGUGGGUGGAUUUAGAGGUUUAUGGGUUGGAGAUGAGGUUCAUGGAUGCUGGAGAUGAAAAUGAGGGUGUGCCACCAUGUGUAGGGAAAAUAAGAGUGAGUAAAGUUGACUGCGGUGAGAGUGAAGGUGUGGAGAGUAAAACAGUGGGAUGA